AUGUUGCGGGGGUCGGAUGAAGUGGCAGAAUACGAUUCUCCUUCGUGUCGGAUGAGCAGGAAGGAUGAGAGGAGGCUUAAAAAGCGGUUGGUGAGUCGUGGUCAGCUGCGAUAUCCGGAGGUUUCGGACGCGUUUGAAGAAGAGAUAGCAGAGAGACUUGACCGGGAUGCCAAGGAGGUGUCUCAUUUGGGGAAUUUUGGGAGGGGCCGGAGGGACAGGUCGGAAGGCGAGUUGCGGGUGGAAGACGACGAGCCGAUUCCGGUGGUUUCGGAGUACGAAAGUUUACUGAAGACGUUCAAAGUGCGGCGGGAUUCCGAGGAGUUGGGUUGUUUUCUGAAGAGGGGGAGGGUGCUGGGUGCGAGGGGACGCGGCGGUGGAGGGAGAUAUGGCGAGUGGCUGGAGUGCGAGAAGGAGGGUUUGGAGACAGGCGGAGUUGGUCGAGGGGAGGAGGGUGAGUUCGAGGGGGGUCGAGGUCGAGUUGAGGGGUGGAAAAGAGGGGAGGAGGAGGAGUUGAAGGCACACGAGGAGAAGGUUCGGAGGAUUGAGCGUGAGAAGGAGAUGGGGGAUGCAGUUUUGUGUGAGGGGGAGGAGGAAGAGGGUGGACAAGAGAUGGGGUGCGAAGCGUUUGAGCGCGCGGACGCGCGACUUCGCUGGUUGAACGAGGGAGUAGUUGAGGGUUGGAACGGGUUGUUUGAAGAGAUGUGGGAGUCGUUGGGUGAAGAGGUAGUGGGCGUUUUGUCGAGGGGUUCGGUGCGCGAGGGGGUUGCUGGGGUUGGCGAUGGAGAGGGGGGCGAGGAGGGGGUGGUGGGGAUGAGUGGCCGGAGGCUCAAAAUGACCAAAUUGCAGAGUGAGUUGUUCCGGAUUUUGACUGGAUAUGUGGACACGUUAUGGGCGUCUCGGAUAGGCAUUGAUAGAUUGGAGUCGAUGUCGGUGGUUGCCCUUCACGUUGUGGAUCACGUUUUGAACGCGCAGAGCCAAAUCAGAAGCCAUUCUGCCGUUUUGGCGAGGCGCGGUGAGGAGCGGCGGUCCGUGAUUCAAGCGUUGAAGAGAUUGCGGGCUUCGACUGGGGCGCAGUCCGACCAGAUGGAGGCGAUGCGAGACCUACCGGCCGAGCUCUCGAUGCGUUGGAGGGGGAUGACUGAGCGCGAGGAUCUUAUCAAAGAGCUGCAGGCGCACUUGGAUAGGGAAGAGGAGGAAUAUCGCGACCAGGGGUUCACGAGGCCCAAAGUUUUGGUUUUGCUUCCGAUGCGCAACGCGGCCAUGCAGUUCGUCGAGCUGGUACUCAAGCUCGUGUCCAAAACAGGCCGCUCGCAGGUAGUUAACAAACGGAAGUUUUUUGACGAAUAUUUUUGCGCGGACUUUGUACCCCGCAGCAACAAGUCGGAGUUAUGGCACGCGCUGUUUCAAGGAUCUACCGACGACGUGUUCCGUCUAGGAAUAAGUUUCGCACCGCGACACGUCGUCCUCUACUCUGACUUCUACGUGAGCGACAUAAUCGUUGCGUCUCCGCUGGGCCUUCGCCUUUCUAUUCAAAACAACGAUCACGACACGGACUAUUUGAGCUCUAUCGAGAUCGCGGUCGUGGACUCUUACAACGUGCUUUUGAUGCAGAAUUGGGACCACGUCAAAUGGGUGUUCGACCGCCUGUCCAAAAUUCCCUCGUCUCCCGACAGAACCGACUUCGGACGCGUUCGGCCCUACUACCUGAACGACCAGGCCGCCUACUACCGCCAGACCGUGAUGCUCGGAAACUACGUCAACGCCGACGUCAACGCGCUGUUCAAUCGGACGCUGAAGAACGCGCGCGGAAAGGUGCGCAUCCACUCCUUGGAAUUGGAACGCGGGUGCAUAGACCGCGUGACUUCAUUCGCCCGUCAGGUCUUCUAUCGUCUCGACGUCGAUUCUCACGACAAAGCCGCCGAGACUCGUCUUGACUACUUCAAAUCGCACCUGUACAGACAAAUAACCAGCGAGUGGUCCGCCGGAACCCUCAUCUUCAUUCCCUGCUACUUCGACUACGUCCAAAUCCGCAACUUUUUCAAAAAGCAGCUUCAAGACGACGCCGAAUUCGUAGCCAGCUGCGAGUACACCAAAGAAUGGGAACUCGCCCGCAACCAACGCUACUUCAAAAAAGGGAAGUCUCAGAUUAUGCUCUACACGGAACGACUCUACUUCUACAAAGGCGAUCCCGUCGUUGGCGUCAAGAACAUCCUCUUCUAUGCGCCUCCUUUUCACGCCCACUACUACGCAGAGCUGGUCAACAUGGUUCCCCAAGACGGCGUCUGCUGCACUUUGUAUUCCAGAUAUGACCUACUGCAGAUGGAGCCCAUCAUCGGAAAAAGCCAAACGAAGGAAAUGCUUCGAAACUCCAAAAAAGUGCACUCCCUUCUCCGCUGA